CCGAGUCCCACAUGAGAAAUCUGAAUAACGGUCCACGGGGACUCGAGUUUUGAACUCAAAAUUAGGAUGUAGGACAUCAUCUUCAUCUGCAAUCUCUCUACUCGUCAUAGUACACCCUGAUCCUUUUUCUUUCUCUCUUCAAUCGCUUGAUCUAAUGAAGAAAAACAAAGAAACUAUUCAGUAAAUGAGAAAUUGAUCUUCAAAAAAAGAAAAUCCAAUGCCCGGGAAAGAAGUUACACUCAAAGCAACUAGUAAACCUGUUAAAUAUGUUUGCAGGAGGAAACGUGAAAAAUUAGGGAAUGAAAAUGAAAUUUCUGCCUGAAGGAGAAGUAGGGAAAGAAACUGUGAACCCUAUUGAAAGACCGAUGCUAGAAAAACUGACACCUGUUUUAUCUGCUCACAGGAGGAAAAUAGAAGUAUUUCUAGCAGAUUCUAGUGAUCCUUUUGUCCCAGUUGAACCUCCUGUAGAUUGGGAUACAAUCUCUAUUGAGGUACAGGAUACUGUACCUAACACUAAGCGACUCCGUCAUGAUGCAAAAUCUGAUAGUGAUCAUGAUAAUGGGGGUCUCCAACAACCAUUUCUUGGGAAUAAUCAGAUGAAUGAAGGUGAUGAUUCCUCGGUAGGCAGAGAUUCUUCUGCAGGAGAUAUUUCUUCUGGAGAACAACAGUUAUGUGAGGAUUGGACAAAAAUAGGGGUUCUUGAUUGUAACGUGAGUUAUGAAAUUUUUCGCUUAGCUGUAAUAUAAAUUUAUUAUGAUUAAAACAGUUUUGUUUUGCUUUAUUUGUUGUUUUAUUAUAAUGGGGGUCUCCAACAACCAUUUCUUCGGAAUAAUCAGAUGAAUGAAGGUGAUGAUUCCUUGGUAGGCAGAGAUUCUUCUGCAGGAGAUAUUUCUUCCGGAGAACAACAGUUAUGUGAGGGUUGGACAAAAAUAGGGGUUCUUGAUUGUAA